AUGGACCAGCCACGCCGUAUUCAGGACCUCGCAGAUGAACUGUUGAAUGAAAUCCUGGCCUGUUUAUUAGAGCCGGGAUCACGACCUCUGAACGGUAAAUUCUAUCUCAGCAAAAAUCAAAGUAAUGGACAUGAGGAGUAUCGAGAUUUUGAAUAUGGGGAAUCGUCGGACUUGGACCGCUUCCGUCUGGUGUGUAAACGUUUCAUGCGAAUCGGAACACCUCGAAAGUUCUCCCGCUUCAAUUUGCGAUUUUCAGAAGAUGGCUUUCGGCGACUGGCUGAGCUGCUGGCGAUGCAGCGAGCCCACUAUGUGAAAACUGUGACAUACCUCGUGCGACCUUUCUAUCAAGGCAGUGGUUGGACACCAAUAUUACAAUCGCUCAGUUUUAAAGAUCGUGCGCUCGCAGAAGUACACAUCCAGCGACUGCGCCAACAGACCAAACUGGUUGAAACAAACUUCGACCUUACCCAACUUUGCCUAGGGAUGGCGGCAUUUUCAGCUCUUCAAGAAAUCAAGCUACUUCGUCUUCAAGACGAAGCCGACGAGAAUCUACUGGAUUUUAUUCGUGACCAAUCCAUUCGUAAUGCUGAGGAUAUGAACUCCAGCACGGUCUGUUUUGAUUGGGGAUCAGCAUGUUCUCGUGCAGUAACAAAUCUUGGCAUUGCUCUAUUGAAUUCCCAAUGUACUGCAAUCCGAUUUAUUGGUCCUCAAAUCAGCCCCGAAGCGACUUUACAGCUCCUAAGAGCACCAUCUACUACUCUUGCCGCAAUGGGCACCCGUCUCACAAGUCUUGAUAUCAAUUUCCAUUCGAAUACCGAUCUUACAGCAACCAUGUCCGACCUGUCUACUGUUUUUCGUCGCUUCUUCCUCGAAGCCAAAUCUCUUGUCGCCAUACACAUCGGAUUUCCAACUAAAGCUCCUCUAGAUCUGGACCUUGAAUCCAUUUUCCAUAAUGUUCGCUGGAAAACUCUCAGGACCCUUAGCUUACAGGGCUGGCGUCUCCAUGCAGAUGAGAUUAUCUCCUUACUCCGGCGCCAUCGCAAACAGCUUCGCGACUUCCGGCUCUGCGCCGUUUAUCUCCGCCCCUGGGGACUAUGGAAGAAUGUACUUAACGUCCUUCGCGAGGAAAUGGAGAGGCUAGACCGGGUAGAUCUCCGCGAAAUCGACUAUACGGAUCACUUUGACGCACUAUCUCAAGCAAAUGGUAUUGAAGUCUUCGACAUGCCAAUUUCAGCAGCUGUUCCCUCAUCGUUAUCAGUUGCGGCGGGCACGGAUUUUCCAGACCAGUCCAUUUUUACGCCAGGGGUUGGAUCUGGUUUUGGCUUUUCGCCAGUCAUGCCGACGAGGCGAUUACCUUUACGUCCUGGAUCGCUGGAGAAAAUACGCGGCCUUUCUCAAGACGAUCUUGGUGACAAUGGGGCAUUUGUUCCGAGGGAAGAGUUACAACUAUGGUCUGCUUGGGUUUUAUCUGGAGCACAGCGUGGUGGGCAGCGCAGCAAUGGGAACGGAAAUGGAAAUGGCCAUUUCAACGCCUAUCAUAUUUGA